AUGGCAAAUCAAAAUAAGAAAGUUUCUAUAUCUACUCGUAUGAGUGAACAUCCUGGCGUUUUUAGAGAAGAUGGUAAGAUUAUGUUUUGCAAUUAUUGUGAUCGUUCCAUUGAAUGGAGAGUAAAACCUACUGUUGAUGGACAUU